UAGAUAACGCCCCGUUACGAGUUGAUAGUAAGCAAUGGAACAUCCUGUGUUUCUGUAGACGGAGAUGUAUUUCCUCUUCUUCAGCAUCGUACCGCCAAAUCAUCACUUUUUACAUCACGCAACCGAUCGAAGAUGGGAUUUGUCGACUGGUUGAACUCCAGCGCUGAGUUUACCGAAUGGGCCGCUGGACGCAAGCCAGUACCGAAGAAUUCGGAUGCAUUACGUUUCGGUAUUUUAGGAGCUGCCAAAAUUGCUCCGAUGGCUUUGAUCAUUCCAGCGCGCUCGCAUGCAGAUGUCAUAGUCGCUGCUGUUGCAGCAAGAGACAGGACGAAAGCAGAAGCCUAUGCGAAGAGGUGGGAUGUUCCGAUUGUUCAUGAUAGCUAUGAAGCGCUGAUCAACGAUCCGUCAAUCGACUGUAUAUAUAACCCUUUGCCAAACGGAUUGCAUUAUAAAUGGACGCUCGCCGCCCUCAAGGCAGGAAAACACGUUCUACUGGAGAAACCCUCCGUCUCCAAUGCGCAAGAGGCACGCUCUCUCUUCCAUCACCAGGUUCUCAAGGCUCCAAAUGCUCCUGUACUUGUUGAAGCAAGUCACUAUCGCUUCCACCCCGCCUGGUACGUCUUUCUAGCGCAAUUCGAAAAGGCAAAUGUAGAGAAAGCAAGUGUUCGUGCGGGAGCACCGAAAGGAGCUUUCCCCGACACGGAUAUCAGAUAUGACUACGAUCUUGCUGGUGGCGCUGCAAUGGACAUAGGGCAUUACACCCUAUCCGCACUACGAGGUGUCUUCGGGGCUGAGCCUACAGAUGUCACUUCUGCAACACCUAGCUUUUUUCACCCAACACAACAUCAGCUCUGCGAUCGAGCCAUGGAAGCUACUUACACAUUCCCCAACGGCGGUAGUGGUCACGUUCUGUCCGAUCUAGGUGCUCGAGGCGGGUACUGGUUUCCGUGGCUCACAUCAAACUGGCCAAAUUUCAGUGACCUGCUUGCCUCGCUCUCUGUAACUUUGCGCUCCGAGAACCUUGAAACCACUGACAACGGUCUACACAAGUCUAGCCAAAAGUCACUUAUGUUCUGGGGCUUCAUGGGCCCGCACUCUUACCAUCGCAUCGAUAUCACCACUACGACUACUUUGCGCGAUCCCUCUUCUGGCAAGAUUGUCAAGGAAGAAAAGAAGACGGAGUACAAGAAGGCGUACAAGUGGCCGGAGGGCAUGGGUGGUGAGAAAAAGGGUGAGGACUGGUGGGUUACGUAUCGGUACAUGCUUGAGGAGUUUGUGAAUAAGGUUAAGCGGAGAGAUGGGAGUGGUGCGUGGGUUGAUGGCGAGGAGAGUAUUAAACAAAUGGAAGCCACGGAUCGAACUUACGAGAGAGCUGGUAUGUUGGUUAGACCUACUUGUAAGGAGAUGGAGUAGGUGGUGAGGAUUUUGGAGACGGAGAUGCAGUGUUGCGUCAUCAUUUCUGUAUCUGUGGUCAGAUAAGGCUACUGGAGUUUGGUAUACGAGUUCGUAUGGCAGGGAUCGGUCAUUGAGCUUACCAUACCUAGGUAGCUCUAUUGCCUAAGCAUAUGCACAUUUUAACUUG